AUUAAGGUUUCUCUGGGCGUAACAUUUGGUAGCAGGAAGAUCAAUGUAGAUCGAAAAACUAAUGAAACGGGGCGAGCACGCUUCAUUCUGGACACAUCACAAUGGAUCGGGCAAGUCAAAAUAUCGGGAUAUAUAAGCUCUAGAAAUAUUCCUAAUGUGGAGCAGAUUGUGCGCCCCUAUUACAGUGAAGCUAUGAGCUUGCUAAGACUGGAGCCCAUCUUUGGAACUAUUUUAUGUGGAAUAAAAAUCAACAUACGAGUGGAAUAUAACAUAAGCAGAAGCGACCUGAUGAAAGACUGGACAAGCGUCAUAUUCUAUUACGUGGUUAUAGGUAAAGAUGGGAUCAUUCUAAAUGGACAACAAACAAUUGUUUUAGGCACAGAGGCCUCACUUCAUGGAUUUUUAAACAUCCCAAUCACUUUCACGUCAAUGUUUGGACCAGGUCCAAAAAUGUUGGGAUUUAUGUUGCUAAAAGAUGGAUCUGUGGCUGCUGACAGACUGCUCUUUAAUGUGGAGAGGUGUUUUCCAAACCAGGUCUUGUUGAAGUUUGCAAAGACAGAAGCCAGCCCAAAGGAACAGAUAUAUAUCAAUAUCAAAGCCUCAGCUGGAUCUUGGUGCUCGAUCCGAGCUGUGGAUAAAAGUGUUCAGAUCAAUAAUGAAGACAAGGAGUUGACUACAGAUACAGUUUUUGAUUUGUUUAAAUAUUCAGUAAGAGGAGGAUAUCCGGAUAUUGUGAGUGAAGAAGAGGGCGUCUGUUGCAAGAAUUCUAACCAGUUUAUUGAUGUGCUCGCUUUAUUUAAAGAAAUUGGUUUGAAGAUACUGACAAACACUCGCAUACUGCAGCCAGGGGAAGAGCAGGAAUGCUCAUCCAUGUUGAAAGCUAUAUUGGAGAAGGAAAAGGGAUCUAGACAGCUGUCUCAAAAAUCUGAACAGCUAUCUCAAAAAUGUAAACUCAAAACAAGACAUUUUUUCCCUGACACCUGGCUCUGGAACCUGGUCGAUAUUGGGAAUCCUGUGGAUAGUAAUCUUAGCCUAAAAAGCAUCCAAGUCACGGUCCCAGACACCAUCACACAAUUUAAUGCAAGAGCCUUCUGUAUGGGUAACGAUGGUUUUGGCCUUUCCCCACAAGCUUCUUUGACCGUCUUUAAACCGUUCUUUGUAGAUCUUGCUCUGCCAUAUUCCGUCAUCCAAGGAGAGACACUCUCUAUGAAAGCGAAUGUCUUCAAUUAUCUCAAACAGUGUUUAAUGGUCCAGGUAACCCUGCUCAGCUCUACAGAUUUUUCAGUGAAGAAUUGCCAGGGCUGCCUGAAGCCUUGUUGUGUCUGCGCCAGUCAAACAGCGUCCAUUAGCUGGAAUAUCACAGCCAACACCACAGGAUCGUUGACCCUGACAGUGAGAGUGGAAGCAGUGACCAGCAGAGAUUUAUGCAAUGGGAAGAAACCAUACGUGCCCGCAAGAGGAAAUAUAGACAUACUGCAAAGACAACUUCUAGUCAAGCCUGGAGGCAUCGGGAAGGAAAUUACUGAAAAUAUGUACCUGUGUCUGAACGCUUCCGUGAACAGCACACAGAGACUAUUCUCACUUACACUUCCAAGUACAUGGGUGAAAAAAUCAGAGAGCGCCUAUAUAUCUGUGCUGGGUGACAUUCUGGGGAUAGCGCUGCAGAACCUCGAUAGACUUAUCGUAAUGCCGUAUGGCUGUGGAGAACAAAACAUGCUGACCAUGGGACCCACUAUAUAUGUGCUGGAUUAUCUCAAAGCCACCGGACAGCUGGACACUACUCAGAAAGAUAAAGGCAUAGGUUACCUGCAAAGCGGAUAUCAGCGACAGCUCUCCUUCAAACACUAUGAUGGCUCAUACAGUGCAUUCGGAAUAAUCGAUAAAGAAGGAAGUACUUGGCUCACUGCUUUUGUAUUAAAGUGUUUCUCCCAGGCUAAAAACUACAUAUUUAUUGAUGAUGACGUCCUGAGACAGACUGUGACUUGGCUUGGUCUACAGCAGGGAGUUGAUGGCUGCUUCAUCAGUCGAGGGAAACUAUAUCACUCAGCCAUGAAGGGUGGAGUAAAUGAUGACAUCUCCCUCAGCGCUUACAUCACAGCGGCCCUUCUGGAACGUGGCACCCCAGGGAAUGACUCUAUGCUCAUUCGUGCUCUCGCUUGUCUGAAAAAUAAUAUUACAAAGACUACAAACCCGUACACAAUGGCACUACUGGCAUAUACUUUCGCCUUUGCCAAUGAUUUGGCAACCAAACAGAUACUUGUGAACAAACUGCUACUGCUUGCUGUGUCCUCAGGAGGUAACCUGUACUGGACGUCCUCUAGUAGCUCAGUAUCGGUCAGUGUAGAGUUAUCCGCAUAUGUCCUCCUGGCGCUGACUACUGCCCCGAUAGUAUCACCAAGUGAUAUCCUAAAAGCCUCCCAGAUUGUCACCUGGUUGAUCAAACAGCAGAAUCCCUACGGGGGUUUUUCCUCUACACAGGAUACAGUGGUGGCAAUUCAAGCUCUGGCCAAGUACACGAGGCUAACGUUCAGUCCUAAAGGCAUCUUGUCAAUCACGGUUUCUAAGAACAGCAAGACUUUGAAGGUAUUCAAGGUGGAUGAAACCAAUCGUCUCCUCCUCCAGACGGCGCCCCUACCAGACAUUCCUGGGGAGUACAACCUGCUUGUUAAAGGGACUGGCUGUGUGUUCAUUCAGAUUGUCCUAACAUACAAUGUUCUGCCACAACCAGCACCAUCUGCCUUUAAUAUUAAUGCAAGCAUAGUACGUUGUAAGAAUACAGGAAUAAUGGUUAUUCGGAUAACAGUCAGUUACAUUGGAAAGAGAAGUGUUACUAAUAUGGUCCUUAUUGAAGUGGAAAUGCUCUCAGGAUUCCAGCCGUUUGAUGACCUAGGAGACCAGCUUGGAUAUUCCCCGAUCAUGAAAUUUAACGUUAAAAGAGAUUCUAUUACUAUUUACCUUGACAAGCUUGAUCGUACACCAGUUAAAUUCUCUGUUGUGAUAGAGCAAGUGAACCAGGUCCAGGACUUGAAACCGGCAAAUGUAAAAAUAUACGACUAUUACCAAACAGAGGAGAGCGCUGUAACUACCUACAAAGGCUGCCAGUAACCAAUCUACAGCUCCUCCCUCCAUGGACAGUACAGGACGAUAUUGCAGAGACUGGGGCUCUAGUCUUGAAUUUGAUUUAGAUUUGGAAUUAAUAUAUCUAUGGAAUCUAACCAUACUUGAUGUUUGAAUAGAUGUCACUGUUACAAUAAACUGCAUAAAGAAUAAUACAGUUUUGCCACAUUGUUUAUGAUUUUAGCAAACACAGCCAAUAUGUACGUGGUUACUGUCAUCACAUUUUUCAUUAAGAUGUCAAGGAACGGAGUACCCCCUUUAACACUGAAAGAAAUGCUUUAAUAUCUUGGCCACUAGGGGACUCACCCCCUCAAUCUGCUAUUCACUGCUUGCUGUUAGGCUCAGUAGACCAGAAAAAAGAAGAAAAUCUU